AUGGGGAAGUGUAAAUAUUAAGAAAGAGAGACAGAGAAAGUGUAAAUAUGGGGAAGUUCGUGAGAAGGGGUUGGGUAGUGGCGUGUGUGUUGGUGUUACUGAUGUCGACUCAUUUUACAUCCCCUAUCCGGAGAUAUGCCGAUGUCUUUGUCCAUAGGUUACUUGCGGCAUCAUUAGGAAUAUAUAAGCUUCCAACAGUGUUCCAAGACAGGUCUCAACUUACUAGCGUUGCUGAUAAUUUGUGCAGAUAUGGAAUCGCCACCAUGUCUUGUCUUUAAAGAGUAUUCACAUGGAGGUAGUAGAGCCUCAGCCUAAUCGACCAAAACUCCAACUCACUCUCUUGUAGAACUCUCCAACCUUGUAGUUUUACUUUCACUUGUGUACCAAUGUCAAGAGUUUAGGUGGUUUUACGUUUGUUACCUCUUUGUGUUCAUUAUCGAAGUCAAUGACAUUGUAUCAUCAUUUAUGUUAUCUAUAGAUGGAUGUGAGUGGCUGUGCAUCAAUUUUGGUCAUCUGAUUUCUUGACCAUAUGCUUUUA